AACCACUCCACCUUUCUAUCCCUCCUCUGUCUUCGCAUCUAACGCCACACGCCACACUCACAUAUUUACCCACUAAUACUCGAAAUGAAGUUCUUCACCGCACUCGUCUCCCUCGGUCUCGCCGCUGUUGCUGCUGCACAGAGCAUCGCCAUUGGUGCACCUGCUGAUGGGACCAGUGUCUCAGCUGGACAGAGUUUGACCGUGCAGGUCGAGCGUCCCGACUCCCUCACAGGCUCGACGGAAGUCGCAAUCGUGAUCUCAGUCGCGCCCUGCUCUUCCUCCAACAUCGAAUCCUGCCCGGAUCCCUCCGGCCGGCUCGGCUCCACUCUCUACUCCGGUUCCUUUGAUCCCGAAUUCCCUACAUCAUCCCCGGGAUCGACAGCGAAUGGGUAUAAUGGCCCUCAGCAGAACUACACGGUCAUUAUCCCCAGCAAUGGUUUGACCAGUGGGAAUCUGGCCUUGCUGAGUGUUGUCCAUCUGAGUUUGGUCGGAGCCGGUCCGUACCCGCUCUACGAGAUCAAGAACGUUACGCUUAACAUCAACUAGUCUCAUCCACCCGCACUUACGCACAACCUCACGUAUCCUGUCGGACUUCUCUUGCACGAACUUUAGCGCCCAUAUAAUGGACUUUCUGCUUGCACCCAUAUUCGUAACACUUUAUCUGCCUUCUCCUUCUCGACCUCUUGUCCAGCCUCUUCCCUAAUUCCAUUCAAAAAUACCCUCGUAGUACCUCCCCAUUUCCUAAUUUGUUUCUGAUUUACCGUUUUCUGGGAUAACCAACGAUUGUGACAUUGGACUAUCGAACUUUUUCUGGGAUUCUGCUGUUUUACGACCGAUACGUCGUCACACCACGCCAGCCGACUGUUUCGCUCCCUUCCGCAUAUGCGUAUGGGUAAUUAUUGUUCGGUGCCCUUACUUUUGGAACUUUCGGACACAUUGGACCAGGACACCAGUACAUAGUCUUUGUGGUAUAACAUUUGAGCCGAGCUGCUAGUGAAGUUUUCUUGUAGUUCAGGUCGGUGGUCUCAGUUUGUGAAAGACGAUGUGUGUGGUAUGGUAAGCCUCUUGGCUGCGCAAACGACGACGGACAAACAUUGAUCACAGCCGGCGUCCUGCAGUUUCUCAACAUU